GUCCAUUAUAAAAGGAAGGGAAGCAACAACGGCUGCGCCUGGAGGUAGGAGAGGUACCGGUGGAGGAGGAGAAAGAAUUUUUAUUUUUUUUUAUUUUUCUGCUUGAAAAGGCAGAAGGGAGAGAGAGAGAGAGAGAGGGCUUGGUCAGAGUCUCGAACUCUUUCUCAGAGGGGUCGGUCACCAAAGCCCUCAGAGAUUUCGUGAUCAUUUUUGAGAUUUUGAAGCAACAGAGGCAGGCAGAGCAACAGUUUCUUCCUUCUCUUUCUUCUUCCCCAUAUCUUGGCUGAGAGGAAGGAAGGAGAAAAGGGGAGGGUUCUUUGUCCCCUGGUGGUGAUGGAUCGAGUGGGGAUCUUCCGGAGGAGAGGAGGAGAUGGGUCUGUGGUGGCGGAGACCACCAUCACCACCACCACCACCGCCACCGCCACCGCCACCGCCAGCGAGAAGAAGAAGAAGAAGGUGGAGGGGGAGAGGAAGUUCGAGUGCCGAUUGGUGAAGUACGAGGCGUUGCCGGACUACUUGAAGGAUAAUGAGUUCAUACUGGACCAUUACAGAGCAGAGUGGCCUCUCAAGGAGGCCGUCCUCAGCGUCUUCUGUUGGCACAAUGAGACUCUCAACAUAUGGACGCAUUUGGCAGGCUUCUUGCUCUUCUUCCUCCUCACCAUCUUCAACUUCCUGGAGACGCCCGAUCUGCUUCCUGAUUUGUCAUGGUCCCUGCCACCUCAUUCCAACACGACCAGCUCGGACAACUUGUUCUAUCUGGUUCAGAGGGAUGCUCUACAAGCAGGGCCGGAAAGCGGCAGGAAGCAUGGUGGAGCACCGAGAUGGCCAUGGCUGGUCUACCUGGUGGGGGCAAUGGUGUGUCUGCUCUGCAGCACGCUCUCCCACCUGCUGGCCUGCCACUCCCACAAGCUCAACCUCUUCUUCUGGCGACUCGACUACGCCGGCAUCUCCCUCAUGAUCGUCACCUCCUUCUUCCCUCCCAUCUACUACGUCUUCCUCUGCCACCCACUCUGGCGCCUCGUCUACCUCUCCUCCAUCGCCACCCUGGGCGUGUUCACGGUCCUCACCCUCCUCACCCCUGCCUUCUCCUCGGCGCAGUUCCGGCCGUUCCGCGCCGCGCUCUUCUUGGCUAUGGGGUUCUCCGGCGUGGUGCCGGCGGCGCACGCGUUGUGGCUGAACUGGGACGAGCCGCACUGCCUGCUGACUUCCGUCUAUGAGCUAGCCAUGACCUGCUUCUAUGCAGCAGGGGCGGGGUUCUACGUGAGCAGGGUGCCGGAGAGGUGGAAGCCCGGGGCUUUCGACAUCGCGGGCCACAGCCACCAGAUCUUCCAUGUGCUGGUCAUCGCUGGAGCCUUGGCCCACUAUGCUGCGUCCCUCGUGCUGCUCGACUGGCGUGACCGGACCCCAUGCCUCCCCUCCAUCUAGUCGCCGGAACGCACCUGUUCUCCAUUUUUUUUCCCUCCAUCUUUCUUUUUUCUUCUUUUGGGUUGUUACUGGUGGUUCCUGCCCCAAGAACGAUCUUCAGUUCCUUAAGUCCAUGUGAGGAAGAUGAUCAUGGAAACCCACAUAUCAUCAUUGAUUCAAGGUUUCUGUAUUGAUGUAAUGAAAGAAAGGAACACCCAUUUGGAAAUGAAAUGAAAUCAAGCAAAUUGGCAUUAAAAA